AUUUCACUCAUUUGGUUUACACGUCGACACACCGACCUUACGACUAGUUGCAAGAAAAAUCACUCUAACAUUGAAAAGUAAAACAAGUUUUUAGAAUUCAUAUUUUCUUAUAAGUAAUAUUAUUUGAAUUGUUUCAAUAAUAUUAUCCGGCACUAUGAAGCUUCUCUGCAUUUUAAUAACGCUAGCAUUUGUAAACGUUGCGCCAAUUAUGACAGCGGACUAUGCAAAUUCGGUUCACACUACAAACAAAUACAUCAAAGAGGUUUUUGAUAGAGAUCCUGCUAUAUUGAAGACUGCAAUUUCAAAUAUUAUUGAUGGAGAUAAAACGUUCGAGACACUUAAUGUGAUGUUAGCUAUACCGGACAAAGCUAAUUACUGGUUUUCAAUUGAACAUGAUGACUCAUUUUUGAGCAACUUACCAGAACAUAUUGCCAUAGCCGAUCAGGAGGCAGUGCAACAAGCAAUAUCCCAAGUUACAGGUAAAUAUAAAGAUUGUAGGUUGUAG